GGACGCUGCACAUUUAAAACUAAACCAUUUAAAACCACGGAAUGAGCAAGCUGUAAAUUAUCGACGUGUGUAUUUCCUGUUGAAUAGGAGAGCAGCCGGAUGCUGCAAACUGAGCGUGAGGAGAUUGAAGAGAAACAAAGUGGGGUGCAGCCUGACGGUAUGGGGAAGCGCCCAUGCAUUUCCCUGGCCUCGGUCCUGCUUUCACUCAAGAGUUUGGGCUGCUUGGAAUAUGCAGCACACAAGGGAAAACAUUCCCAAACUCUUCCAACCGCCUCCCCAGUUUCUGCUAGCUUUGAAACGGGGGGGAGACAGGGAGAGGGCAAACCCGCGGCUCAGAAGGCCGUAACGGAAACCGUGAGAUUGCCUUUCUACCACGGGAAAAUCAGCAAGGCACAGACAGAGGAUUUAUUGGCAUCUUCAGGCAAAAACGGCAGCUACUUGAUCCGAGACAGCGAGACCGUACCUGGGAGCUAUUGCCUGUGUGUUUUGAAUCAAGCAUUUGUUCAUACUUAUCGGGUUUUUGAAAAUUCUGGAAUGUGGCAUGUUCAGACGUCAAAAGGAAUUCUGCCUCGGUUUUUCAGCAGCAUUGAGGAACUCAUUUUAAUUUACACAAAACCAGACCAAGGCACUGUUGUACCAUUACUGCAUUCAGUGGAACGUAAUGCAUACAAAAUAGGAAGCCAUGAUGAAGAUGCACUGGGCGAACGUGAGUACUUGGACAUACUGGACAUCUGACUGCAGCAACAGGACAAUGGAAGGAUCUUCAGCCAAUGAAUGACAAAAGGAUAAUUUUGCAAUGAAUACAUUUCUUCUGCUUGACUGUUACUUUUGUAUAUUGAUUUCUCUGGUCGGUAUUUUGUUGGGUUCACUGUUCUACACGCUGGAAAAAGUGAAAAUGCAGUUAGUGCCCUUUGCUGUAAUGUCAUAAUUUGAGUCCUUUGCUCUUUCUGAGUUGUAAAUACAGAAGAGGCCAUUUGGCCCACUGUACCUGCACAGACUCUUUUAAGGAGCUAUUCAAUUAUUCCAAGAGGACAGACUGGUCUUGACUUAAUCAUUCAUCAUGGUUUAUACAUUAACAGGAAGUUAGAUUGCAUUUUUUACUCCCUCAGAGGUUUGACAGUUUUAAUGAGAACUUGUGUUUGGGCAAACUUUGAGUGAAGAGUGUAAUUUUUUUUGUUGCUCUCUAUUUGGGGAAGAAGAAUUUUCAGCCUGGGGAUGGUGGGGGUGCAGGAGUAUGUCGGUGCCAACUGAGGGGCUGUUGAGAGGUAGGGAUCCUUGGAAGACCUAGAUUUCCCAAAUGUCCUUAGGGUUUGGUUGCAAGAUUUUUAAAAAUUCAAUCAUGGGAUGAGGGCAUCGCUGGCUGGAGCAGCAUACACUGCCCAUCCCAGAGACCAGUUAAGAUUCAACCACAUUGCUGUGGGUCUGGAGUUACAUGUCAUCCAGACCAGGUAAGGAUGGUAGUUUCCUUUUGUAGUGAGCCAGAUUUUUUUUUUCUCCUGACAAUCAGCAAUGGCUUCCUGGUCAUCAUCAUAUUCUGUAUUUUUAAACUGAAUUUAAAUUCCACAACUGUCAUGGUAGGAUUUGAGUUCAAGUCCCAAGCAUAUUACGUGGGUGCCUGCAUUAACAGUCCAGUGAUAAUACCACUAGGCCAUUCUCUCCCCAAAGGAGGGCUAAAUUAAUCCCCUUCCUGAGGCUGACAGACGGGAUGUCUAUAUCACAACAUUGAAGCCUACAAGAGCAGAAGGGUGGGAAAUCCUGGGGAGAUGGUCUGGGAGUGGCUCAGAAUGCAGGGUUUGGUGUGUAGGGAAUAAGUGCUUGGUUGAUGGGGGUUGCAAGCUUAGAUGGUCAUGCUGUGGGGUUAGGGGUAUUCCAUUUAGGGGAUGGGAUAUAGGAGGUAUGAUCUGUGCAAUUGAUGAAUCUGAAGGAAACUUGGUUCCUCUUGACCCAGAAACAGUGCUGCAAAAGAACUUAACUUAAUGAUUCUGUACCUUUUGUCCUCUUUUACCAAAUUUUCUGAAGAAUGGCAAGUCCACUUGUGAUUUAAAAUAGAAAGGACAUUAAAGUGAAGAUGUGUUGCUGCUUGCAAACAUAUCAGGGUCUCCUGCCUUUCCUUUCAUGCCCUGUUGAAACCAAAGGUGUUGAGUUCAAAAUGAAUUUGAGCCCCAAAAUAUUUCAAUUUAACCUGUGGCAUGAAACCAAAACACCCACUUUUCUUUUUAGAAGCUAAAAUCAACCCAUAGGUUUGGGAAGCUCAAUGUUUCAUGUAAUUUUGAUGUUUGGAAAACUUUGUUUGUCAUUAUCAGUGAUCAAUCUGGGUUUUGCACUCCCAGUAGUUGUGAAUGCUGAGAUAUAAGGGUCUCAACCACAUCACAACUUUAAGCCUAUACACAUGUUUUAUAGACCAGAUCAAAACCUCUCAAAAUAUAUGAAGGACUUAGCCUGAACCUUCACUUUUUCUUAUGUUAUAGACACGUGCCGGGUAUUGCAUUCCAAAUGCAUUUCGAUUGGUCAAGCUACAAGUCUUGAAACAAAAUACACUUUAUUCAUACACUGUAGUUAAAGUACCACAAAAAAGAGAAUUGGAAUAACAACUCUAUUCAAAAACUUAACAGAAUUAUAGAUCAUUUAAAUGCUUGGGAACCCUGCAGCCCAAUGGAAUCAAUGUGGACUUCACAAGCUUGAAAAUCUCCCCCUCCCCCACUGCAUCCCAAAACCAGCCCAGCCUGUCCCCGCCUCCCUACCUGUUCCUUCUCUCACCCAUCCCCUCCUCCCACCUCAAGCUGCAUCUCCAUUUCCCCCCACCAACCUCAUCCCACCUCCUUGACCUGUCCGUCCUCACGGACUGACCUAUCCCCUCCCUACCUCCCCACCUAUACUCUCCUCUCCACCUAUCUUCUUUUCUCUCCAUCUUCGGUCCGCCUCCCCUUCUCUCCCUAUUUAUUCCAGAACCCUCUCCCCAUACCCCUCUCUGAUGAAGGGUCUAGGCCCGAAACAUCAGCUUUUGUGCUCCUGAGAUGCUGCUUGGCCUGCUGUGUUCAUCCAGCUUCACACUUUGUUAUCUUGGAUUCUGAAGCAUCUGCAGUUCACAUUAUCUCUGACCACUGGAAACUAAGGCUAGACAAGUAGUAAUGGGAAACAAAGAAAUGGCAGUGGAACAGAACAGGUGCUUUGUAUCAGUUUUCACAGUGGAGGAUACCAACUAUGUGCCAGAACUUCAAGAGAGUCCGGGGGCAGAAGUGAGUGCAGUGGGCAUCACUAAGGAGAGGCGCUGGGGAAGCUGAAAAGUCAGAAGGCGGAUAAAUCACGUGGACCAGAUAGACCACGCACCAGAGUUCUGAAGGAGAUAGCUGAGUAGAUUGUAGAAGGAUUGGCGGUGAUCUUUCAGGAUAAGGUGGAGUCAGGGAGGUCCUAGAGGAUUGGAAAAGAGCUAACGGAACACCCCUGUUUAAGAAGGGCCGGAAGCAGAAGACAGGAAACUAUAGGCCUGUUAGUCUGCCCUCAGUCGAGGUAAGAUAUUAGAGUCCAUUAUGAACGAUGAGAUUGCAGAGUACUUGGAAAUGCAUAGUAAAUAGGGUGGAGUCAGCACCUCGCUAUCAAGGGGAGUUCAAGCUUGACAAAUCUAUUAGAAUUCUUUGGUGAGGUAGCGGGUGGAUAGGGAGAACCUUUGUCCUAGGAUGGUGACGGCAAGCACGAGGGGGCACAGCUUUAAAUUGAGGGGUGAAAGAUAUGGGACAGAUGUCAGAGGUAGUUUCUUUACUCAGAGUAGUAAGGGAAUGGAACACUUUGCCUGCAACGGUAGUAGAUUAGCCAACUUUAGGUACAAUUAAGUCGUCAUUGGAUAAGCAUAUGGACGUACAUGGAAUAGUGUAGGUUAGACGGGCUUCAGAUCAGUAUGACAGGUCGGCACAACAUCGAGGGCCGAAGGGCCUGUACUGUGCUGUAAUGUUCUAUGUUCUAUGUUCUAAACAGUAACUGUUUAAUAUCAUAACAUCCCAUAAACACACCUUUAGCGAUGGCAAACUUAGUUCAAUAGAUUGUCUCAGAUGCAAUUCUAACAGCAAGAAGAGAACCCCAGCUUUUAGCUGUAACUGAGAGAGGAAAAACAGCUCCCAGAUCUAGUCUCAAUGCCCUAGCAUUUGCCACUAAAGUAACCAAAACUAAAAGUCCUGCUUCUGGGGGAGCUUGACCCCACCCAUUCAGGCUGUUUCCAUUGUUCCAACUUUAACGAAAACCUCUGGUCUCACAAGCUGUCUACUUUAUUGGAUUCAAAUAGGCAGCUGGUCACCUCUGUCUUAAAGCCCCUCUUCAAAAAAAAGGACAAAACACACCUUUUAAAGCCAUGCUCCUUUGUAAAACAUUAGGGAUUCACAACAAAAACUGAAAGAACUGCAGAUGCUGUAAAUCAGAAAUAAAAACAGAAAUUGCUGGAAAAGCUCAGCAGGUCUGGUGGCAUCUGUGAAGAGGAAUCAGAGCUAACGUUCUGGGUCUGGUGACCCUUCCUCAGAACUGUUUUUGGAUUAGGGAUUCAUAGUUUGUCUAUUUGGGCUAAUUGCCCUGAAACUAAUGUGAAGUUCACAUAUUCUUACUUGGAACCAGUAUUAUCAGACACACAGCAUGCUCAACAGGGUUAAUUCUGUACAAAAAGACAGGUUGCCAGCAACACAUGGGAAU